AUGGCUGCGCUCAAGCAAGACACGGUCCCUUCGAGGGCUCGCCAGUCGCGGAACUAUGUCACCCCUAAGAGUGUCAUUCUUGGCUUACUUUCUGCAUCACCAAUGGUUGUUUCGGCUCAAAGUUCGAACUGUAUAUCUUUAAAGGAUUCAAAAGCUUGCCCAGCAUUCGCAUCCGCAUCCAUCUCUACUGGAGAUAGUCUGCUUGAGUUCUUCCCUUUCUUGCGAUAUGUUUCCGACAGAGCAUCUUUCGAUAGCCAGCUUUCGGAUUAUGUGCAGAGAGAUUAUGUCCAGAGGCAAUAUCAAUCUUUGUUCGGAUGCAGCAAUCUUGACUUGACUAACACCAGCGACUUGUAUGCUCGCUUCACCACCACCGUGUUAUGCAAUUCCAUUGUUCAGAACUCUAUUGAGCCCUGUGGCCUGUCAGCAUCGCAGUCGCGACCUCUUUGCGCCGACAGUUGCGCUGAGUAUGCCCAGAGCGAGGCUUAUUUAACAUCAGACGACGAGCUCUGUUCGAACCCGUCAAGCAAUCUGCUUCAGCUGAUCAGAGCAGACUUCACGAAUUGUGCCCUUCCUGGUGGCUCUCUGGACAGUAAGACAUGUAUUCCAGCAAUCGAGAACGAGUCACAGAACUGUGGCUACGGCAACAGCACCGUGGGACUCUGUACCUAUUGUGGUUCAGGCGGUCUUAACUCGACCGACACUUGCUGUUACAACUCAAAUGCCGAGGAACGAUGCAAAGAUGUCAAAUUACCGACUUUGACCGCCACCAUGACAUUUACCCGAGUAUCACCAACAUCUUCGGCUACUGGAUCAAGCACUGCAGGUAGCGGAAAUGACAACUCCGACGAAGAUGACGAUGAAGGAGGAGGAGGGGGUCUUAGCGGCGGAGCAAUCGCUGGUAUCGUUGUUGGCGUCCUUGCCGGUCUCGGUUUGCUUGCCCUUGGCCUCCUGUUGUGCCUCAGAAGGAGACGACGACCGAGCAGUCCCAAGGGAAGCAUUUUCAACCAGCCUUCGCCGGCCCGACAAGGUGGAACAACCAUGGCUCAAGCAGCGCCCUCAGCCGCCCCUCAAGGAUACGAAGUUCUUCCCGGUGGACGUAUAGCACGGAUGUCUGCUCUCGAAGGUCAUUCUGGCGAUUCACCUUCUCAUCAUCGCGACACUUCAUCAGCCGCCGGUGGUAUCGGUGCUGUAGGCACAUAUCCACGCAGGGAUCAUUCAUCAUCUGACGAGUUCACGUCAAGCCCACCCUCAUCAGAAACGCGUGGCGGAGUCCUUCGCCCACCACCGACUAAACCUCGACGACACGGCUCACUCUCAAGUAGUUCGGCCCUUGGCAGCUCUGGCGUCGCUAGCCAGCAAUCCGAGCAGUUGCCAUUUUUCAAGGACUACUAUUCUCAGGACGACAUUCACCCCGGUGACCGAAUAGCUGUUCUUUGGGCUUAUCAACCACGGGCAACCGACGAAUUCGCCUUGGAACGGGGAGAUAUGCUCAAGGUUGUGGGCAUAUGGGACGAUGGUUGGGCGACAGGUGUGAUGCUCAACGAGCGAGCAGAUGAGUGGGAGGCUCGACGACAAGCUCAACGCGAUAGUGGCGUCUCGAACGCGUCGGGACGCCGCGAUAGCUCCCCUGCUGCAGAGGGCGAAAUAAAAGCAUUCCCUCUGGUUUGUGUCUGUCGCCCCGAACACUGGAGGAAGACAAUUGAGGGUGAUGGAUCAACGGAAACUGGUUCCAAUGGCUUCAAUGCUCACUCAUCAUUCUCAUGA